AUGUAUGCUAAAUACGAAACAAAGAGAGUUUUCCGUUUUAUUUUGAAAGCGUUGAAAUAUCUUGGACUCUAUCCAGCCAAAAAUGCCAGCACGUCGUAUUAUAUUUACUCAUUCCUACUUAACAUUAUUGUGACAUUUUACUAUCCGAUCACCAUGGUUGUCAACCUGUUUUUGUUGGAAGAUACGAGUCAGCUAUUCGGGAAUGCAUCAGUAACUUUUGCGGAUGCAAUGUCAGCCAUGAAGUCAUUGAAUACAUUUUUCAAGCGCAAGCAGCUUCGUCGAAUUAAUGAGCUCCUGGAAGAUUUCGAUAGCCGUGUGGAGGAAGUUAACGAUCACGAUGAGCAUAGAUAUUUAGAAGGAAUCAUUAGGACUGAAAAUCGGAUCCUGCUAAGCUACUUCAUCCCAUUCACUGCCUAUCAGCUUAUUGGAACUUGGAUUAAUAUUUACCAGAAUAUGUUAAGCGACUCUUACCCUGGCUUAUAUUUGUGGAUUCUAAAAGGACAUUACCACGCCCUCAACAUCAGAGUAUCAAAAAUAGGACAUAAUCUUCGGAAAACCAGUGAGGAAUACUUCCACGAACUGAUGAAAUGUAUUGGGGAUCAUAAAAGGAUACUGGAGUACCGCAACGUUUUUGAGGAAACCUUUAGUGGAGUCCUACUCAUGCAGUUUUUCGUAACUGAGUUGACCCUUUGCAUCACAGCCAUUUAUAUUUUUUAUGUUGAUAGCAAGGCGGAAAUUAUUUAUACGGGAGUGUAA